AUUCUGUAAGGCUGCAGAAUGCGGGUAUAUAAGGAAAGCGGGCUCAGAGGAAGCCAACACGCUUUGUUCUAGUGCAUCUAAAAAACUUCGAAAAUGCUCAUGCUCCGUUCUCCAUAUUCUGAUUCAAAUGCUCUUGAUCAUUUCUUGGACGAACUCACUGGAUCUGUUCAAUUUCCGUAUUGGAGAAAUGCUGAUCACAACUCAUUCAAUUUUUCCGAUAAUAUUGGGGAGAUUGUAAAUGAUGAAUCCAAGUUUUCGGUUCAACUCGAUGUCUCUCAUUUCAAACCAGAAAAUCUUAAGAUUAAAUUAGAUGGAAGAGAGCUCAAAAUUGAAGGGAUUCAAGAAACAAAAUCGGAACAUGGAUACUUGAAACGCUCAUUUUCAAAAAUGAUUCUUCUACCAGAAGAUGCUGAUUUACCUUCUGUCAAAUCUGCCAUUUCGAAUGAAGGAAAACUCCAAAUUGAGGCUCCAAAGAAGACAAACUCAUCACGUUCUAUUCCGAUCAAUUUUGUUGCAAAACAUUAACACUUUUGUUGAAGAGAAGCUACUUAUUAUUUGUUCUUCUUUUUUCAUGUAAAAUUUGAAAUGUUUCCAUUGUGAUUCGAGAAAAGGGAAUAAAUAAUAAUAAUUAUUAUUAUUA